AGAAAUCAAAUCGAGAAAACAUAUGCAACAGGAACUUGGCAGCGGAAGGUUUAUGACGACCUCGCCACUGUGCUUCUCUCCAAAGAGUACGGAAUGAAAACUUUCCCAUGUGUCUACGCUACCAAGGGCUACAAAUCCAACGAUCAACGCUACGUCUUCAUCGAAUCCGACGAUCCCUCGGAACCACGCAAUGUGCGUUUAAUUGGCAAGGCGUUACGCCAAUACCUCCCUUUGUCUCGAUCAUGCGGCCCCAACACCACGCUCGUGGUACUAGCGCCGCCCACCACCCCUACACCACGCUCGGUCGAACAAUACAACCUCGAAUUUUGGGCUUUCCUACGAGGUCUCAGAGUCUUUGACACCAAGCCUUGGCCGGAAGAUAUCCCAACAGACACAAGCACAAAUAAAUGGGCCUUCUGCUUCGACGGGGUUCCAUGGUUCCCGGCCGUCCUCACGCCCGCGCAUUCCAAACGACAAUCUCGAUAUACGCCAAACCUAGUAAUCGUGAUGCAGCCGAAAUGGAUCUUCGAUAUCCUGUUUAAUACUCCUGCGAAACGUUAUGGAGCGUGUGAGAAAGUUAGAGCUCUGGUUGCUGAGUUUGAUGAGAUUCCGGUCAGUCCUGACGUGGCGCAUUAUGGUGAGCCGGGGACGACAGAGAGUCGUCAAUACUAUCUUCUUGAUGAGAACAAGAGGUCUUAUUGUCCAUACCCAGAUCUUGUGUGA